AUGGUUGUAAGUAUUAGACCUACACACUCUAAUAAUGAUGACAAUGGUUGUUCUGCGAUUCUAUUUAGUACGAUACCACUGCUCGGUUCAGUCCUGUUUGCUGUGGCAGUCAUGUCUCGUGCUCCAGUGACUAUGGCCACGUACAUGAUGAUGGUGGUGGGGUAUGGAAUAUUAGCGUUUGCAGACGGAUCACUACGUUUUGUUAAAGCCAGAGUGGUAUCCCAUUGUUUCCCCGACUCCACAUUUACUGGCUUAGCGUUCAGUUCAUUUGGAUAUUCCGGCCAAGCUUUAAGCUUGUACCUGACGCCUUACAUAGCCAAGACUGUAAGUCCUGUAGUCGCCGCAUGGGCAGCAACAGUUGCCUGCGGAAUUGGAGUUCUGUGUGCUGUAGGUUUAACGAUUCUUCUCCAACAUCAAACACCGCAGAUAUCAAAGGACUCUGGAAACAAAUUAUUGACAUUGAGCGAGUUACGGGCGUUACCGGAGCCAUAUUGGUGGUACAUACUGGUCAUUGCGUUCACUCCUGUGUGCUGGGUUGUUAAACAAACCAAUCUGCCAGACUAUUUGCAGUUACGUCAUGGGUAUACGAUGGCAGAAGCAAGCCAGGUGACCAGUUUACCACCAUUAAUAGUCUUACUGACCCCUCUCCUAUGUGUCAUAAUGCAGAAAAUCGACUGUGAUGGGAUCGUGUUUACCGUUUCCACAGCGUGGGUGGUGCCGCUCUAUACAUUACUGGGAUUCUGUCCGGCUGUCAACGUUUAUAUCCUAGCAUUGGCAGACGGGAUAGGAGUAGCAAUAUCUGGGGUAUUGGUGUGGCGUUUACUUCUUUUACUGAGCCCCGCCUCACAUGUAGGAACUCUGGCUGGGUUGAUGUAUUUAUUGAGGAAUAUGUCUAUUUCCGGUACCUCCGUUGCCACGGGAUAUAUACUCAAGAGACAAAAAGUGACAGAUCUGGAUGAAGCACUCAAAGGCUAUCAACAUUUUUUUAUCAUGUUGAUAAUUAUGUCCUCCACGGGGGUGCUGUGCGGGGUGGUGAUGAAUGUGCUCGAUUUCCAAAAGGGUUGCACGUUAAAUUCCAGAAUAAAAAGGUGGAGACAAUCCAGUGACGAAGCCAUAGAACUAAUGUCAACGAUGCCAUCUUCUAACAACUACUGUGGUGUUGACGACGCUAACGGCGACGAAGUGAAUGAGGAAACUUCAUAUUAAGUCCGAAGUAAGGACGAUAUGUUUAGGAACAAUAACAAAAACUUUGUAAUUUUGAUUUUUCUUUCUUUAAAUCACUCUCUUCAUGCAGAUGUCCUUUAAUAUCUAUUACAGUGGCUACGUUCCUGUUCCUCGGUAAUGGUACCCAUUUAUCUCCACUUAGUAAAGGAGUAGUACAUGUACUAGUAAUCACUUUGUGCGUCCGCCCGUCUGUCUGUGUUAAGCAUGUGUAUAACAUAUAUCAUGAACUACUGGAAACUGUUAACACGUUUAUUGAUCCUACAACCUCGGGGAGACUGUUAACACGUUUAUUGAUCCUACAACCUCGGGGAGACUGUUAACACGUUUACUGAUCCUACAACCUCGGGGAGACUGUUAACACGUUUAUUGAUCCUACAUCCUCGGGGAGACUGUUAACACGUUUAUUGAUCCUACAUCCUCGGGGAGACUGUUAACACGUUUAUUGAUCCUACAACCUCGGGGAGACUGUUACACGUUUAUUGAUCCUACAUCCUCGGGGAGACUAUUAACACGUUUUACUGAUCCUACAUCCUCGGGGAGAAUGUUAACACGUUUACUGAUCCUACAUCCUCGGGGAGACUGUUAACACGUUUAUUGAUCCUACAACCUCGGGGAGACUGUUACACGUUUUACUGAUCCUACAACCUCGGGGAGACUGUUAACACGUUUACUAAUCCUACAUCCUCGGGGAGACUGUUAACACGUUUACUGAUCCUACAUCCUCGGGGAGACUGUUAACACGUGUACUGAUCCUACAUCCUCGGGGAGAAUGUUAGCACGUUUAUUGAUCCUACAUCCUCGGGGAGACUGUUAACACGUUACUCUGAUCCUAAAUCCUCGGGGAGACUGUUAACACGUUUACUGAUCCUACAUCCUCGGGGAGACUGUUAACACGUUUACUGAUCCUACAUCCUCGGGAGAAUGUUAACUCGUUUACUGAUCCUACAUCCUCGGGGAGACUGUUAACACGUGUACUGAUCCUACAUCCUCGGGGAGAAUGUUAGCACGUUUAUUGAUCCUACAUCCUCGGGGAGACUGUUAACACGUUACGCUGAUCCUACAUCCUCGGGGAGACUGUUAACACGUUUACUGAUCCUACAUCCUCGGGGAGACUGUUAACACGUUUACUGAUCCUACAUCCUCGGGAGAAUGUUAACACGUUUACUGAUCCUACAUCCUCGGGGAGACUGUUAACACGUUUACUGAUCCUACAUCCUCGGGGAGAAUGUUAACAGGUUUACUGAUCCUACAUCCUCGAGGAGAUUAUUACAUGUACUCACUGCCUUUACCCAGAAGGCGGAUCAUAGCAAAGACAGAAUUUGAACGUUUUACUUUUUCCAAAUAUGAUAUCCAAUUGUAUAGGUCUUCGUCCAUAAUCACUCAGAUAUCCAAUUGAAAUAGCCUGCCGUUGAGAUUAUAUAAGUCUUCCAUUUUUAAUUGUUGUUUUCCUAUAUGCAUAUAUUUACUUUAUUUAAUUCUAAUCUAAAAUGUAUAGAGAGAACAUUUUUAAAGCAUUCUACAAAUACAAUAUACAUAUGCAUAUAUACAUAUAUUAAUUGAGUACAAAUCAUAUAACUUUAUUAAACAGAGUUGGUAGAGUUCAUAAGCUCUGAAAAUUUAAGAAUAUUAGGUGCAGUAUAUGUGUGUAUUCUUAAUACAUAAUUUUCGUUCAACAGUCAUAA